GCACGUGACGUGGGGGUGGGGACCCAGGAACGCUCUGGGAAUCCGAGUUCUAAUUUAUUUCCGCCGUUCUCUGGGCUCCUUUCCAGCUCUCAGACCCUGCGCUUCCAGGGGGCACGGCUGGAGGUAAUAGCUUCGGCCCAGAGGCCGGAGGCUCUGUGCACCGAGGAACCGUGUGGACCUGAGGCUGUCCGGCUGUCCCCAGCCGCCUGCGGAAGCCCCUGGCGUCGGGCUUCUUGUUCCGUCAUGGCGAGAUUCUGGUUUUGUGCAGCUGGCGCUGUCUUCUUUCUUGCGUUUCUGGUUUUGCAUUCGCGUUUUUGUGGCUCUCCGGUGUUAAGGGAGUUUGCUUUUCAAAUUUCCUGGAAAACUGAGGAAAUUCUUUACCGGCUGGAUGUGAGUUGGCCUGAGCAUUCAGAAUACUUUACUGGAACAACAUUUUGUGUUGCAGUUGACUCUCUGAAUGGACUGGUUUACAUAGCCCAAAGAGGGGAUAAUAUCCAAAAGGUAUUAGUGUUCACAGAGGAUGGAUAUUUCCUACGAUCCUGGAAUUACACAGUUGACACACCUCACGGUAUGUUUGCAGCCAGUACACUACAUGAACAAUCUGUCUGGAUCACGGAUGUAGGAAGUGGAUCCUAUGGCCAUACUAUUAAGAAAUACAAUUCCUACGGUGAUCUUGUUCAAGUCUUGGGUACCCCAGGCAAAAAAGGCACUGGUUUGAAUCCCUUGCAGUUUGAUAACCCUGCAGAAUUAUAUGUAGAGGACACAGGAGAUAUUUACAUUGUGGAUGGAGAUGGAGGAUUGAAUAACAGAUUGAUCAAGUUGUCCCAAGAUUUCAUGAUGCUUUGGCUGCAUGGAGAAAAUGGGACAGGGCCUGCCAAGUUCAACAUACCUCACAGUGUUACACUGGAUUCAGCUGGUCAGGUGUGGGUUGCUGACCGAGGAAAUAAAAGAAUUCAAGUAUUUGAUAAAGACAGUGGGGAGUGGUUAGGAGCAUGGAGUAAUUGUUUCACAGAAGAGGGACCUUCUUCAGUCAGAUUUACUCCUGACGGGAAGUACGUGAUUGUUGCCCAGCUGAAUCUUAGCAGGCUCUUGUUUGUGGCAGCGCCCCCGGUAGGAAGCAUCGGCAGCUGUUCUGUGGUCAGCUCAAUCCAACUGGCAGAUCAAGUUCUACCUCAUCUCUUAGACGUCAGUGGGAAGACUGGAGCAAUCUAUGUGGCAGAAAUUGGAGCAAAACAAGUACAGAAAUACGUCCCUUUGAAUGGCUAGUUCCCUUCAUAACAUCCAUCAUGUUUCUUUCCCUGGAAAUCUUUCAAGUGAAAGUUCAUAUUCUCAAAUUCAUUAAGUGCUUAAAAAUAAUGUUCAAGCACAGGAAUUCCUUUAUUUUUACCUUACCUGGUAUCAAAACAACUUGUUUUUAUGUUAUUAAGAAUCGUAUGUGUUGUUGCCAUUCUCGUGACUUAAUUUUACUAGUAAAUACAUAAGGAUAUUUUAAUGCAAAUAAUGUAACUAAAAAAAUGGAGUCAGAAAGAGGAACUAAGUUCGUAACCUACUUCUUUGUCUUGGCAGACUAAUUCUUCCUUGGAGGGGAAGGAAUAAAAGUGGGUUUUCAGGAUAAUUUAUUGGAUUUUAUGUGAAGAACUGCAAACCCCUGGUUUUUUCUUGUUAUAUCAGAUGAGCUGCUUGAGAGAGCUAGUCAGAUGGGCGCUUGACUAAUGAGUACUCACGGAAUGGUAGGUCCUAAAGAUUCGGAAAUGGAGAGACUGGGUUUUCUGUGUGUGCCUUUGAGUUGCUGAC